AUGGGUAAACUAAUCUGGAGUCAAUGGGCAAAGUUAAUCGCUCUCGUUGCUGGUGUUUUUGAAACGAUAGGAGGAAUAUUUGGCAUAUUUUACCGUAUUGCGACGUUUGAAGAUGUGACUUCGAUAUUCAAUGCAGACAUCAAUCCAGUGAAUAUAGUAUCGAUAGUUUGCAUUCCUCUUGGUUUAAUAAUUUUGGCCAUCGAAACGCCUGUUUUUCCCUUUAAAGACACAUUCGUUUCAACUUCCUACGCCCCCCGAAUUAGUUUAUACAUGUUAAUAAGCACUUUUUCAAUUGUAAAUUAUCAAAACGUCAAUCCCGCCCUCUAUUUAUUUAUCGCUACCUUGAUGUAUAUAGUGGCAGCUGUUAAAGGCGAAGCAAGAUUGCAGAUGAAACAAAAUAGUUUGAAAAGUAAAAUGGUAGUAUGA